AUGUCUGAUAAUAACAAACUUGAGGACUCUAUACCAACUGAAGGGGUUGUACAAUUAACGGCGGAACAUUUACAGCAACAAUUACAAAAUCAACAACAACUGCAAAGCAAAUCGUCAUCGAUAUCAUACUCACAACCAAGCACAGCCGGAUCUUCAAGGCAUGGGAGCAAUUCAUCAGCAACUACAACAAGCAGUAUUAAACGAAAAAGUUCACAAGCUUCAACAACAUCUCAAUCAUCAUCAGCUUCGGCAAGACAGCCUUCUUUGCUAAGAGCACAAUCAACUAAUAAUGCAUUACCUUCAAAUUCUCAACUGCAUGUGAAAAGAACUUUGAGUAAUGGCAAUAAUAACGGAAAUUCGAAACCACCGUCAAAUCCAAGUAAACUAUCCUAUCAUAUUAAUCAAACUCCCAAUAAUCCAGCACAAAAAUCCCGACCUUCAAUUAGUAGAUCUGCAAGUGGAUCUAUACUACGAACCCGAUCUCGAUCUUUGACAUCAACCUUACAAUACAACCAGCAACAAUUGCAACAUCAUUUAAAUUCACAAUAUGCGGCACAAGAAAAAUCAUAUUUAAGAAAAUUAAAGAACCAAUUAGUUGAUGAUUACUACACAAAAGGUAUUACUGGUGCAGACGAUGAAGACGUAAAGAAUUUUGAAGAUGAAGAUGAUGAUGAAGAAGAUUAUGAUAUGGUCUAUAACGACGGAGAUAAUGCAAAUCUUUUAGCGGCUAUAGAUGAUGAUAAAUAUCAAAUUGAUUAUAGUAUGGCACUUUCCUUAAUGAAAAAUGCCAACGUGAAUUUGAAAAAAAUUGCAAAUGUUACAACAGAUGAUUCAGAUGAUCCGGCAGUUAUUGAACGAUUGGAUUGGCAAUCUUUAUUAACUACAGUUUUAACGGGGGAUGUAGUUAGAUCCGAAAAAACGAAAAUAAUAAAUAAUCACAAUCCUGAUAAUCCUUUAGAAAGUUAUUUACAUACUGCUUUUAAAGAAGAUAUUUGGUUUGGUAUAAGGGCCAAAAUAUUUAAUAGAACGGAAGACGAUCAGAGGAAAAUAGUUGCAUAUAGAAGGACUUUGGUCGAACAAUUAAUUGAAGAUAUAUUACAGUUCGAGGUUAGUUAUGAUGAUACAGUGGGGAACCCUAUACAUGAUCAAGUUGAACUGAUUUUGAACAGAUACGAUGAAGCUUGUAACUUAUGGAGGAAUUUGGAAGAUAUGCGAAUCGAUAAACCAGCUUGUCGUAGUGAAGAAUUUCAAAAUAGAAUUGAUGCCUUGACUGCAUGGCUUACUAUUACAGAUGCUAUAAAUAGGGAAACUCAAUCUUUAAGGCUAUGGAUUGGUAAUGACGAAUUAGAUAUAACAAAAUCUCCAGUAGAACUUCCUAUUAAUUCAUCCUCAACUUCCAACAGCAAAAUUGUGAAAAAGAUAUUUGAUGAAGAUAAUAAAUCAUUAGCUGAAAGACUUAUGAAAGAAAAAGAUGUUCAUACUAUUUUUAGGAAAAGAAUUUUUAAACCAAUUUCUCCAUGGAUGAUAAAGUCUAAAGAAACACAUAUACGGUUGGGUCAUAUGUUUGAAAUUAUGAAAUUACCUGACUACCUUCACGAUUUAAUUCAAAUUUGUAUUAUUCCAAUGAAAUUAAUAAAAGAAAUUAUAAUAGUUCGUUUAGGCUAUGCAAUGAAAUUACAAAAUCCAACGUUAAUGAUGAUUGAUCAAAUGCUUGAUGAUUUUCAAUCUUAUAUAACUAUAGCGUUAGAAGUCAAACUGGGUAUACAGGAAUAUAAACAACCCGAUCCGGAGAACAAAUGGUUAUUGAAUGAUUUAUUUGAUACGGAAAUUAAUGAUUUCGAUAGUGUGGUUUUAAGGUGUAUACGAUAUUUUUUGGCAUUAUUUAACAAAAAAUUAUUAGACAGUUCAAGAUCACAAACUAAUUUCAGAACUUUCAAAGAACCAGAAGAAUUGGAAGAAGCAUGGAGUUUUUUACAAUCAUUGGGUAAUUAUAUUGAUGGAGGAUGUGCAGUUGUUGCUGAAGAAAUUGCAAUGUUGACUCUGAGGCUAAAUCUACGUCUUCUUGCGUAUUUCAAUCAUUCCAUUAAAUUUCCACAUACUGAUAUUCCUCAAGAUUUGAUAAGAUGGUAUAGUACCACAUUAGAUAAUUUUGGACAAAUACGUCGUAAAUUGGCAAGAUUUACUGGUGAUAUAUCUAGAUCAUUCACAAACUCUUUAGUUUUUGAGGUGCCAUCUCAACAACAUCAUAACAAUACAAAACAAUUGUUAGAUGUAUUAAGGACUACAAACCAUUUUUUGGUGUAUACAAAUACUGUUGAAACCCAAGGUACAUAUUUUUUUGCUAGUCCUGAAUUAAUGGGUAAUGAACAAGAGAUAUUAAAAAUCAUCAAUGGUUCAUAUGUUGCAUUGGAUCCAAAAACCAAAAAGAAAAACUUUUCAGAAUUAUUGAAAUUAUUAGAAGUCUCCAGUGAUCUUUUAGUUACAGAAGAAGAAGAAGAAGAUCCAUUACAACACGCAUAUGUUGCAGCAUUAUGUCCAAUGAAACCAAUUGUAUGGGAAGGCGUUGUAGUAAAUGUAAACAUUGAUUCAGUUCCGAUAACAGAUUUAAAAAAUGGUCAGUUGUUAGUCAUAUCGAAAGUCCAGUAUUUUGAUUUACACCUAAUAAGGGAUAAAUUUUUAGAUAUAGUUGGUGAUGUCAUAAUGUCAGGAGGCGCAAAACCAAUUGAGCAAAGGUGUUCAUUAGCUGUAGUUCAUCAAGAAUUAACUAAAACCAACAAAGCCUUUUUUCGUAUGAGUUUAUCAGUAUUGGAAUCAGUCAAAAUCGCAUUAGAUAAUUUCAAAAAAUUGAAAGCAGGAGGUGAUUAUCAAGCUGUUAUUAAUAAUUACUUCGUGUUUGCUCGUGAUUACGGUAAGAAUGCUGCCAGAAACUUGGAUGCAUCUAGAAAGUCUGCAGUGAUAAUGAAAUUGAUACAAUUAGCAAUUGAUUGGGUAAGUUUUAUAUGUGAUGAUUGUGUACCCACUGAUAGAAAAACUUUUAGAUGGUGUGUGUUGGCUUUGGAAUUUGCUAUGGAUAUGACUCGUGGAUUCAAUGUUUUGCUAUUAAAUGAUGAACAAUUUAGUAAGUUGAAAACUAAAGUUGCAAGAUGUAUGUCAUUGUUAAUCUCACAUUUUGAUAUAAUGGGAGCAAGAUCUAGUGAGGCUGAAAAGAAUAAAUUACUAAAAUGGUCUUCACAAAGACAAAACAUUGCCAAUUCACAGAAUGAUGAGUAUUCGUAUCAAAUUUAUCAUGAUGAGCUUAUGCAACAAAUUGCUGAAAUUGAAGAUUAUAGGAAAGAAUUGUCAAAUGAGUAUCAAUCAAUUGGAAAAGUUAUUGAUAAUAGUGAUACGGAAUAUCAAUUUGUUACAUUAUUAGCAUCUUCAUUUUCGAGUGUUUCAAUAAGAUGGCAAAAGGGAAGAUAUAUUGGUGGUGGUACUUUUGGUCAAGUCUUCUGUGCAGUAAAUCUUGACACUGGUGGGAUUAUGGCUGUCAAAGAAAUUAGAUUCCAUGAUAGUCAAUCGGUUAAAAGUAUAGUUCCUCAAAUAAAAGAAGAAAUGACUGUUCUCGAGAUGUUGAAUCAUCCGAAUGUUGUCCAAUAUUUUGGAGUUGAAGUUCAUCGUGAUAAAGUUUACAUUUUUAUGGAAUUUUGUGAAGGCGGUUCAUUAUCUGGAUUAUUAACUCAUGGUCGUAUUGAAGAUGAAAUGGUUGUGCAGGUCUAUACAUUACAAAUGCUUGAGGGUUUAGCUUAUUUACAUCAAUCAGGAGUUGUUCAUAGAGAUAUAAAACCAGAAAAUAUUUUACUUGAUCAUAAUGGAGUUAUAAAAUUUGUUGAUUUUGGUGCUGCAAAAGUUAUCGCAAACAGUGGUAGAACAAGAGUUGCAACAAAAUCAAUGAGACCAGAAUCCGGAAAUCAAGAAAAUUUAAACUCAAUGACUGGUACACCAAUGUAUAUGUCACCAGAAGUAAUUACAGGUGCUUCAACCGAUAGAAGUGGAGUAGUUGAUAUAUGGUCAUUAGGUUGUUGUGUGUUGGAAAUGGCUACAGGAAGAAGACCAUGGGCCAAUUUGGAUAAUGAAUGGGCCAUUAUGUAUCAUAUAGCAGCUGGCCAUAAACCUCAACUACCGUCACCAGAGCAAUUAAGUGAGGAUGGAAGAAGAUUUGUUUCAAGAUGUCUUGAACAUGAUCCUACAAAAAGACCAAGUGCUGUUGAAUUACUUAAUGAUCCAUGGAUGAUAUCUAUAAGACAAGUCGCAUUCAGUGGUGGAUCAGAUUUGAGUACCCCUUCAUCUGAAAAUGGUAGUUUGGUUUGA